AUGGACAACCUUUUGGAGAUGGAGUGCCAGGCCCUACCACCACCCCACCCCCUAAGACCAAGUGCUAUACCCAUGUCGUCCCCCCAGAGACCACUUUCUCUCCGGGCGCCGUCCCUGUGGGUUCUCGUCGCUCUUGUCUCUCUCGCUCUCUCCCAGCGCUGCGCCGGGCGGAAGGCGGAGGCAGCCGCCACCGUGGUACGGAACACACUGUCCUCGCGCUUCUGUAAGAUGCACAUCGACCAGUUCGACGAGAACAAGUUCGUCGAUGAGCGGGAAGAAGCAGUGGCCGCCGCGGUAGCAGAGCCGGGCCCAGACUCGGACCCGGACCCUGGGGAGGUGGACAGUCUGCUGCGGCAAGGUGACAUGCUCAGAGCAUUUCAUGCAGCUUUACGAAACUCCCCCGUAAAUGCGAAGAAUCAAGCAAUAAAGGAACGGGCCCAAGGAGUGGUACUGAAAGUGCUCACGAACUUUAAAAGCAGUGAGAUAGAGCAGGCUGUACAAUCAUUAGACAGAAAUGGCAUUGACUUGUUAAUGAAGUACAUUAAUAAAGGAUUUGAAAAACCCACAGAGAAUAGCAGUGCCCUGUUACUUCAGUGGCAUGUGAAGGCAUUAGCAGUGGGUGGUCUAGGUUCCAUAAUAAGAGUUCUCACAGCAAGAAAAACUUUUUUAAAAAAAGACUAUUUACUUGCAUCGAGAAGACCAGAAGAGUUUGGGGGACCCAGGACAAGGAAGAAGGAAUAA